AUGGCGUCGAAACUCACUCUCCUCUUCGCCACCUUCGCUCUCUUCAUGCUCCUCGCCAAAGCCUCCUCAUUCGACCUCCAAUACGAGUUUGAGGAGGAUGAGGAGAACCAACGACGACCGCAACAACAGAGAUGCCAACAGGAGUUCGUGAGGCACCAACGACUCAGAGCUUGCCAGCGUUUCAUCAGGAGACAAACCUCGAGAGGACCUCGCCUGGAAGAUGAAUUAGUAGUCGAUGAUGAAGAUGAGGAGAAUCAGCAGCAGCAGCGUGGUCAGCAAGACUUCCAGAUAUGCUGCCAACAGCUGAGAAACAUUGACCCACAAUGCAGGUGCCCGGUGCUGAGACGCGCAGUGAGGAUUCAACAACAGAGAACACAGGGACAACAGGGACGACCGGGACAACAGGUACAGCAGCAGGUGAGGAGGAUGCACCGUAUCGCCAGCAACAUACCCAACAUGUGCCAGUUGCAGCCUAGCGUCACUUGUCCCUUUGGCCAGCAAUUGGUGUAA